AAGUUGGCUUGGCUGCCAAUCUCCUGUUUUGUUUACCACUGUUUGAUGUGUUACGGAUUAUGUUGACGGUACUGAGUCAUUAAAAGAUUCUUGAUAGCGUAAUUAUAGAAAAAAUAUUUCUAUUCUUAUCUUACAAUGUCUGAUAUCCGUAAAAGAACCGUCGAAUCUCUUUCUUCUGAAGCUGAUGAGACUUCUAAAUCAGAUCCUGCAAAGAAAACAGAUGGAGGAGAUUCUGAGGAAGAGCACAUUCCAGAUGAAGCUGUUGUGGAAUCACUUGUUAAAGAAUUACCUCAAGCCUCUGAUAAAACAACUGAAAUAUUAGAUUCAGCAUUAUCCUCUUUGCCCUCAAGGUGGCGUAACUGGAUUGUCCGGGGCAUCUUUACUUGGUUGAUGAUAUUUGGUUUUUUCUUCUUAAUCUGGCUUGGACCAUUAGCUUUAGUUGUAACAACUCUUGCUGUGCAAGUCAAGUGUUUCCAAGAAAUUAUUUCCAUUGGAUAUGCAGUUUAUAGAAUUCAUGGUUUACCUUGGUUCAGAUCCCUUUCUUGGUAUUUUUUAAUUACAUCAAAUUAUUUUCUGUAUGGAGAGGGAAUUGUGGAUUAUUUUGGAGUUCUUCUGAAUCGGGCUGACUUCUUGAGGCCAUUGGUCACUUAUCAUCGUUUUAUAUCAUUCAGUUUAUAUAUAAUUGGAUUUGUCUGGUUUGUCUUGAGUCUAGUUAAAAAGUACUACAUGAAACAGUUUUCUUUGUUUGCCUGGACUCAUGUAACUCUGCUAAUUGUUGUAACUCAGUCAUAUUUCAUUAUGCAGAAUCUUUUUGAGGGUCUUAUAUGGUUCAUUGUUCCAGUAUCAAUGAUAAUCUGUAAUGAUGUGAUGGCAUACAUGUUUGGAUUUUUUUUUGGCAAAACACCUCUGAUUAAAUUAUCACCAAAGAAAACUUGGGAAGGUUUCAUAGGAGGUUGGAUUUCAACUGUUAUUUUUGGAAUGCUUAUGUCUCAUUUUAUGUGUCAGUUCAAUUACUUUGUCUGCCCAAUGGCUUAUUCUGAGAGUUUGGAAAAAGUAACUAUGGAUUGUACACCAUCACCACUUUUUCAGCUGACAGAUUACAACUUACCUGGACCUCUGCAUUCAGUCGCUUCACUGUUGAGAUUCCCCGGAAAAGUGACCAUGUAUCCAUUUGUUUUGCACUCAUUGUCACUGUCUAUGUUUAGUUCUAUCAUUGGUCCAUUUGGUGGAUUUUUUGCUAGUGGAUUUAAACGGGCUUUUAAGAUCAAAGAUUUUGGAGAUAUCAUUCCUGGGCAUGGAGGAAUUAUGGAUAGAUUUGAUUGUCAGUUCCUAAUGGCCACAUUUGUAAAUGUGUAUAUAUCCAGUUUUAUAAGAGCUCCUAAUCCUCAAAAGCUGUUACAACAAGUCUUGUUGCUGAAAACUGAACAACAGUUGCAAAUUUUUAACUCUCUUAAAGACCACCUAUUGUCCAGAGGUGAAAUACCAUCAUAAAAAUGGUGCCCAGUUAUUGUGAUUCUUAACUGACAAUUUUAAGUGAUCAUAAUCCUUUACAGAUGUCCACUCUUAUUCUAUAUAAAUAAGUAGCAUGUCAUGUGCCAAUAUCUUAGUUUAGAAUUGCAGACUUUACAGUUCUGUUGAAGCUAUGCAGUUUUCUUGGUUUUAUUUUGCAAUUUAAUUUUUUAAGUUUUAAAAUUUCUUUCUCUUUAAUAUGCAUUUAAUGUAAUUUUAAAUGAAAAAAAAAAUCAGACUGUGUUUGUUUCUUUAUAAAAAUGUUUUUUAUGUAAUAUUUUAUUAAUUCAAAAUACUUUAAUUGUAUUUUUAAAAUAUGCUAAAGUAGGCACCUAUUUAGUUUUAGAAAAUGCAAUAGAAUUUGAUAAUGUCUUAUUAAUUCAUUUGCAGAUAUAUAAAUUCCACUAGACUUUUAAACUGAAUUUAAAAAAAUUUGUUUUAAUACAAAGGAAAGAAAAUUAUAUUGAAAUUCUAUAGUUCUAUUUUCCUCAUCAUGCACUUUGCAUUCCAUGGAAAGAUAUUAAUUUGAGCUUUAAACAUCCAUCUCAUAUAGAAAUUUCACUCAACAAUUUUUGCUUGAAUUUAAUAUUGAACCACAUAUAUACAUUUCUGUCACAAUUUAAAGUUAAGAUGCAUAUUUUUGUUUUUUAAUUAGAUGUGAAUUAUUAAGUAGUAAUUUUACUGUUGUUAUAUUGCAUUUCAAAACAAGAUGACAUUUAAGACUUCUACUGGAGGCUUACGUAUGUAUUUGAUUAUGUUAAGUUCAUAAUUUUGUUUUGGAAUCUUUUACUUUGUAUAUGGAGGUUUAAAUUACUCUCUUGAAUGUAUGUAAUAUAUAAUUACAUUUUAUGUAUUUAUUUUUUAAAACUUACUUAUUUUCAUAUCAUUUUAGAACUUUGAUGUUUUAAAAUAUAUCUGAGAAAUUAUUACUAUAAUAUUGUAUAUUUUAUAGUAGUUUUAUGCAGCUUUACCUGAGUGCAAAUACAAGCUGAUAUCCUAAGUUAUAUAUAUGUAUAUAUUCUUUUUUUCUAUUGUGGAGUGAUGCUUCUGUUAUAAAUAUUUAUUCUGGAGCAUAAAUAUAUAGUUUGGUGGAAGACAUAUUUUAUAUCUUUCGAUAGUUUUAAUGACUCUGUCAUUAAAUAUAAAUUUUGUGCUUACCUAUUAUUAAUUUUAUUCUUUCUCAUGAAUAUUACAUCAGAAGGAAUGUCAGAAUGAAAAUUGAUAAUUAAAUACACCCGAGAAUAACUGCCAGUGUAUAUCAGAAUAAUCUUUUAUUGUGUUUUUUAACUGUUUUAGUAUUUUUUCUUCAAUCAAAUUAGUUCUUAAAAGAAACAAUGCAUACAUAUUUUUGCAUCAUAGCGCUAUAUCAUUGUAAUUUUUUGCUUGAAUUAUGUCUCAUUUAUUUUUGAAAUUAUGGCUAGAUUUGUCAUUCAAAAUGGUUAAAUAUUUUAUAAUAUUUUGGAAAGAUUAUAUGCAUAUUUGAAAUUUUUAAGUUUUAUUACUUACAGUUUCUUUUAGCACUAAUCUCUUGACUAAUUAGCAUAAUUGUUUUAUGUUGUUAGGUUGUGAUUUAUGUAAAGAAUUAAAAUUAAAGAAGUUUUUUUUUUUUUUUUUCUCUCUUAUCAACUAAUUUAUUCAGAAUUAGUGUAGAAUUUACUAUAAAAAUAAGUUUUUUGACGAUUUUAUCUGUAUAUAUUUUUAUGUAUGUAAUUUUUUUUUAAUUUAGAAAAGCCAAUUAUAUUAUUGUUAGGAUUUGAAAGCUGUUUAAAAGAGUUAACUGUUAAGAAGCACAAUCUACUUUGUAUUUUGAAAAAAUGUAGGUUGUUACUGUAUUUUAAAAUCAUUAAUGUUAUGACAAUGUAACUGGAAUGUUAUAGUUUAGUUUUAUGUUUGAGCUUAUGUAAGUGUGAUCAUAAUGGUUGCGUAGUAAUUUUACAUGAAAGUCCUAAUAAUUUUUAAUUAUGAACUCAGUCAUUAAAUUAUUCAGUGACCACAAAAUUGAAAUAGUUAAAAAUUUAGAAAAAAAAAAAAAAAAAAAGUAUUGAAGGAAAUGUGAUCAUUAAUUAUUUGAAAAGCUUAAUUAGAGUAAAAUAAAGCAACAGACAGUAUUGAAAAUUAUUUAAUGUAACUGUAAAAAAGAUCAAGUGUCAUUUCCCUUGCUUGAUAACAAUUAAAGGCAAGCUUCUGCAUAGUGGUUCCCUCCUCUUCUUUUGAUGAGAAAAUUUAAUAAAAUGACAAUAUUUAGCAUUUUUCAGUUCAUUCUAAAAUCAUGAAUUUAUAUUUUGUUUAAUUUCAUAUUAUUGUCAAUAGUACUGUGAUAGUUAAUAAAGCUAUAGAUCUGCAUAUUGUUUAAACAAACAAAACAGUAUAUAAAACGUCUGUUGCAAGUUCAAAAUAAUUUUUUCAAGCAAAAUAGUAUGCAUUUUAUAAAAAAAUAUUUUUUACAGUUUAUCCAUAAAAUUAGACUGAAAAUAUUUAUAAGUCUAAGUAAUCUUUGGAAUAUUUAUAAGUCUACAUCUGCUUAUAUAAUUAUUUGCUGCUAUCGUGGUUUUAUUCUCUAAUGUUCAUAUUACUUACAGUUUUAUGUUUAGUAUAUAUGCUUAUAAAUAUUAUGUGUGGAUGUCAAUCAGAAUUUGUUAAUUAGUGAUUUGUUAAGUAUUGUAUAUCUUUAGAAAAUUUAAUUAUAUAAGAGAUUACUUGAACAUGUGAUUUUAAUUUGUGCUUAAUUUGGUCCUUUAAAUUAUUCUAAAAAUUAUUAGAAGUGAAUGCAUCAUAAUGACAGGAAGCAUUGUUUAGAUAUUUUAUGGUUUUUGUCUUUCCUUAGUCUUUUUGUGUUGAAAUAUUACAAUUAUUUUUCGAAGAAGUUUUAAUCAAACUCCUUUGUGCAAAACUACUUCAUAAACAGUAAUUUUUUAGCACUUUAAAUUCAUAAAUUUAAUUUCUAAAAUUUCGUUGUAAAGUGCCUACAAAUCUUUCAGUUUUAUUCCUUUUAUUUUUUUAACAUUUAUUUAUUUCUUGUUUUAAAGUUUUUUAAACCUCUUUUGAUGCAAAAAGUUAUCUUAGAGUUGAAAUUUUUUAAACUCUUUUUGCAUUUAAUUCUUCAUUUUGUUUUUCAAUGUCAUUUUUGGAGAGGGGAAUAAAUAAAAAGGAUUUUUUAUAUUUUUCCAAUUAUUGUGAGACAUUUUUAUGCAUUUAUAACAUUCCAAGCUAUUAUCAGUGUUCAUUAAAGUGCUUCACACUGUAUGUUGCUGUUUUUCUCUUCUUUCUUCUGUAUAAUGUUUUAAUGACUUUACCAUUUAUAUAUUUUAUAUGAAAAAAUUCUAACAUGCUAUGUAAUUGCUAUGAAAGUUUACAAAAUAUAUGGUGCAUUCAAAUUCAAAGAUUUAAUUAUUUUUGGAAAAAAAAAAAAAAAUAUUUACUUUAGAAAAGCUAAAAUUGCUGUCAAUUUAGGUACCCUGAAAACAAAUAUAUUUUUUCACAAUCAUGAUGCAAUGCUUGCAUGUCAGCAGUCAGUGCUGCUUUAGGAGCCUGUUUGAACAACUGAAAAAUCACUGAUGCAAAAAUGGAAGGAUUUGAAAGACCUGUAAUUACAGUGAGUGUUCUUUAACUUUGAAAAAUGCAAAAAAUCACUAGGUGUGAGGCCAAGUGAGCAUGAACAUUUGCUUCAAAGUUGUUGUGAAACUUCUAACAUGAGGCACUCCAAGUCGUUAAAACACUUCUGAACAUUGAACAAGAGUAUUUUCUUGAUGGUAAAGCAUAUUUAUAACCGUUUCAGAUCCCUUUUUUCAACGCUGGAUGGAAUUUUGUGCUCAGAACAUGGGCUGCAGCAUCACUGUAGGGCACACUGUCAAUUUAGCAGUUCUUAAUUAGCUUUUGUUUAACUCAUGCAAUUAUGUUAUCAGACUGGCUGAAACGUCUUUAAUUUGAUUUUAUGUGUAAUUGAUGCACCCACAGAAGCACAUUUUUUCAUCAGUGAUACUAUCUCUACAUGUUUCAUCCUAUUUAUGAUGAAUUUUUUACCGUUUCAUUAUAUGAACUUGGAGAAAAGGGAUAAUUAUACACUGCUCUUCAAACAUAAGCAACACAUUGUUCUUUAGACAAAAGACUUUCCGCUUUAAGUAUCUAAAAUGAUCCAGCUGUGAGACAUGGUAACAAGUUUACAGUUAAGUAAAAGGCUAACUGCAUUCCCCCUUCUGAAACUAUGAAAUUCUUACCUGGUUGAUAACCCUCUGUUCUAAAACAGUUCUUACAUUUUUACUUAUUCCUGUUCCUGUGGUGGUAGGGAGGAAUUAGGAGAUCUUAGAACUUGAAGAUACCUUGUCUUUGUUUGAUUGAUGAUGGCAAAGCCUAUGGAGGAAGUAUAGGAGGCCAUAGUAUUGAAGAUUAUAGUAAUAUUUAAUAAAGUAAGGAGAUGUGCAAUAACCAUUAGAAGUAGUUAAAAGAUUUCUGGUAAUAGCAGCAGUGCUUUAAAUUGUUACUGUGUAUUAGAAAAUUUUGGUCACUGUCAAAUUUAAAGUUUUUAAUUUUCCUUUGGUAGAUGUUUCUCUGAAAGUUAUUAUUAUUUAAAUGCUUAUUCUAAAUUCAGUAAAUUAGAUAUAUCUAAUUGCAUUUAUUUCUUCGUAUAUAUAAAUCUUCUUAAUCUCAGUUCAAAAUCAUAACUUCUUAGAUUAUAAAUACUAUGAUAAUGUUCCCCUAUGCUGAAAGUGGCCUGCGUUUUUGUUUUUUAGAUUAUUCUCACACACAUAUAUGUGUUUAGUAUACUAGAGAUUUUUCUAUGGUUUCCAAGUGAAGAUAUGACACAGAUUGUAUUAUUUUCAUUUUCAUUGAGUUUUUAUGUUUUUAUCAAAGUUGUACUUUAAAACUUAGAGCAUUAUAACUUUAAUAAUUAUUCUGUUAAACAUACUGAGACAAAACACUUUUUCCAAGAGCUUGCAAAGAGUAUAUAUUUUGCUUGGAAGAUCUUAUUUACAGAGAAAUCUCUUCAGAGUAGUUUGGAAUUUUGUAACAUGUUUAUUAGGUGAUAGAAGAUUGGAUCAAACUAUAGUUUUUCUUCAGAAAUUUAAUGCAAAUAAGAUCUUUAUUGAUGAAAUUAUUUUAAACAGAACCUCAGAUUUAGCUUGCAUUAUUGUGAAGGAAAGAAGGAAAAUGCUGUAGAGUUAUUAAAGUAUAAAUCACAUUGAAAUGAAAUUAAGAUAAUUUCCAAAAUGUUGAAUAAAUGUCUCUAAAUAUUUUUAUAAUAUUAAUGCAUAAGUUAACAUAUUUUAUAAGAUGGAAAGUUUGCUAAUAAUAUAAAUAGAGGUUUCAAGUAAUAAAUUUUAUGCUAAUUAUGCAUUACUUCUAAUAAAUUCUUAAGUUUCAGCAAAUAUUAAGUUUUUUAAUUCUGAUUUUUAUUAAAUGCUAAAGAAAAGAAAUUUACUCUGAAUUGGAUUCACUUUCUUUGAAUUGUUCUCAAUAAAUUAGUGUUAUGAUGCCUUCUUUAUCAGCAGGCAGCAUUUGGUAUUCUGCUAAGUGUUAAUAAGUUUUUAAAUUUCUAAAAAUUUGGAGUUGUACUUCAUGUUAAUCAGGUGCAAUUUAACUAAAUAUUGCUUGGAAUGUUUUUGUUCCUGUACACAUAGAUCAUGUGUAAUAAUCAUAUAAUUUAUUAGUAAAUUUAUUUCAAGACUGUAUUAUGUUUCACAUUCAUUAAAAAAAGGCUAAUUUUGCUGAUAAAUGUAAAAUAAAAUGUUUCUUUUGAGUUGCAAUCCCCCCUUAAAAUUAUAUUGAUUCAUAUUUUUUAUGUUCUUCAAAUAGUUUCAAAUUUUAAAACAUGUAUUUUUCUAUUGUUGUUUUUAUGUAUGUUAAAUUUUCCAGUACACAAAGGAAAAAAACAUUCAAAAGUUAAGAGUUUUUAAAAAAAUUGCAUUUAUAGUCAAAGCCUGUAGAAAAAUGUCUUGUAUUAAAAUUAAAUGGCAGCAAUAUUAAUAAAACAGAAUAUUUUCAUUGAGCCAAUUAGAUACUAUUGUACUUAUUAUGCCUAGAUGUUUUCGAUUUUAAUAUGUUAUUAAACCAAAAUACACAGUAUCUGUAAGCAAUACAGUUGUAGCAAAUACGAAACUUCUUUUCUGAUUUUAGAGUGAUUAUAACUGUUCUUUAGUAUUAAGGAGUAUAAGAAUCUUUUUGGCUAUUUAUUCUUUAGUCUGUUAUGUUAUCUGUGAGCUUAAAACUUUGAAAGUCUUAAAACAUUUAUAAAAAGUAAUGUUUAAAAGUUCAUUAAAUCUGAAACUGAUUGGCAAUAAUAAAACAGGAAAUGGAACUUGAUAUAUUUCUGUGCAUAGUUAUGCUCGGUGGUUAAAAUCAGCAAGUGAAUUAAUUAAUGUAACAUCGUGCUUAGUUAAUAUUAUAGGAGGAUAUACUGUUUAUUUAAAUGCAUUUUAAAGUUUAAUUUUUUCUUAUUUUUUUAUCUUUCAAUUAGUAAAAUAAAGUAUGUAAUUGUACAUUUAUAUUAAAAAAUGUGUUUAUCCUUGGAGAUUAUAAUGUUUAUGAAUACUUCGAGUUUAUAAUGUCUUAAAUUUAUGAUGUCUUAAUUUAUUAAAUGAGAUAUUAGUUUUGUUAAGGUAUAAUUAGAUAGUACCAGUUUGUAUUUGUUUGUUGGAAGGUAUAUUUUUCUUAGUGUGACUAAUUCAAAUGAAUUUAUAUGUAAAGAGUUAAUUAUUUUAGAAAUCAGGAUGUAGAGUUACUUGUAAUGAUUAGGGGCUUCCGUGUAAAAGAAUCAUAAAAGUUUCUCAUAUUUAUAUAAUUGAAUUAUAUUUCCUUUGAUGUCUUAGUUAUGAACUAUUCUUAUUGAGAUUAUUUUAAAGUGGUUUUUAUAUGGUGAACUACAUCCUGGGAACAUUUUUGAAAGUAACAAUGUCUUCUGAUUCCAUUUUCUUUGUAUUACAUUCCAUGCUUGAUAAUUGAUUCACUUGUCAGUCAGUUGUUCAUAAUAUAUACUUUUUAUAGUUUAAUUUUGUGAAAUAUAAUGAUAGUGAUGUUAUCAGAAUAUGUAAAAUAAAUUGAAGUAAUUGCGCUUAAGAAUAAAAAAACUUACUUUAAAUUUUCCACCAAACAUAGUUCAUAAAUUGAAUUCAUUUGUAUUAUAUCUCGCUUUAAAAAGCACUAAAAUAAUCUUACACAAUCUAAAAUAAUUAUCAACACUUUUAUUAAAACUGGUUAUAAAUAAUGUAUGCUUAUAAUGCUAUAUACAUUGGUGUAUGGUUAUCUUCAUAUAUUAUAUAUUCAUUUCCAUUCUGAAUAAAUUAAAACUUUUUUAAUUGCAGAGAAAAAUUAAUUUACGUAUUAUUGUAAUUUUCCUUCUCUCUCUUUAUUUUCUUUAAUGUAAAGUUUUUUUCACUAUCUACAUAUCAGAAAAUACAUUGUUUAUACCUUUGUUAUUCCUGCUUUAUAAUCAUCAUGUGUUCUAUUGGAUGAAUACUUAAAUGGGUACUUCUUUGAGCUUGAAGUUAUGUUACUGAAUAAAAGAAGACUGACGAACCUUUAAAAACUAGUUACUAGAUUGGAUAAAUUAUUAGCUAUGAGUUUUAUUAUAAUGAAAAUAAUUGUAUGAAAGUCUUGAAAUUGUCCAGAUUUGAAGACAGAAUUUAUUUUAAAAAUAAUUGCUAAAUGAAGAAGUUACUGAUAUAAUUUCAGGCCAUUCAUUCUUGAGAGAAAAGCAUUUAUGAUUGAGAAGAGUCGAAAUUUGUCAUGGAAAGCUUUAGUAUCUGACUGGGACGUAAUAUAGUUAUAAGACUGCUUUUAUAGUAAAUAUUGAGGUUAAUAUAAAUAUUGUUUCAACAGUUAAUAAUGUGAAAUGUGCAAUAAAGCAGGACUAACUUGGAAUAUAUUGAAGAGAGAAAAGGUGUGGUAUAGUUUAAUUAUGCUGAUGUUUAUGUAUAAUUAAUUAUAAUGAAGUAUUAAUAAAUAUUUAUAAUUAUUAAUAAAUAUUUAAAGUUUGUAACUAAGAAAUGUUUUAUUAUAAUCAGCGCUGUUACUGAUGAAAGUCGUAUUGUUAAUAGUUAUCAGCAAUUUUAUGAAAGAUUUUGUAAUAAUGUUUAAAAAAUUUUCUUUACUGUGGUAAAUUUUAGGGAAAUGGUGUAAUAGUUGUUGUAGUGCAAAGUUUGCAAAAUGAUUUUUUUUUUUUUUUUUGGAUGAAAUUUAAAUUAGUAUUAUCAAGGAAUGUAUAGAAGGUAACUGUUGUGAUUUGUACUUUUCAGAAGAAACAUCACUCCAUCUGUUAAAUUUUAGAGCACUGAUCAUUAUGUGAUAAUUUGAUAGAUGAUCCUGCUAUGAACAAAUAAUUUAUGAUUUUUUUUCAAUCAUAAAUUAGCUUUUUAUGCUCUUCCAAACACUUCUUUUUCUGCUUUAUUUUGUUAUGAGAAAGCAUUAAAAGAUUAUUAUGUGAUGUUUAUGUCUGAAUAUAUUUAGUGUUAGUGUUUCUGUGGAUGUUUGUUUUUUCUUGUAUUCAUUGAGAUAUGUAUGGUGUGCAUAUACUUGCAACAGAAAAUAAAUGUGGUAAGCAUUUCAUGUCAAAAGAAGUGACUUGCAUUACUAUCACAGCACUUGAUAUGAAUUUUCUAUGUACAUUAGAAUGCAAAUAAGGAUUUUGUUUUUCAGUAUAAUUUUUCUUUAUACAGAUUUAUUUUUUUGGUAUCUUUUAGGCAUUUUAUUUAGUAAAGGCCUGUACUUAUAUAAUGUGUAUGUAUCUUGCAAUCAAAGUCUAGUCUUUCUUGCUAAAUGUUAUUUAUCAGAUAGGAUUGUAAGUCUGUUGAAUGUUUUGUUGUUUGGGAGGUAUUUGUGUUCAGAAAAUAAAAUACAUUUAACUUUCCA